AUGGCUACAAGCAAAUACACAGACAUCUCAGUGGAAUGUGGCACCUCCUCCAUUAGCCUGGCCAUCCUGAUUUGCCCUGUGGUGUACACCGGCUACAACGAGUCCCUCCUCAUCCUCAAUCACAUGUCGGAGCAUCCGGGGUGCCAGGGAGCGCUGGACGAGUCAGUAGCACCUCCCGUGGUGCGGUUCACCUUUCCCAUCAACAUGACCAGCGGCUGUGGAAGCAGCUUUGUGACCACCAGUGCGCCGGGCACCGGGAUCUUUGCUGACUUCUCCAACAUCCAGACGGUCAAUAUCAGCGGGAUGGUGCACUCCCAUGAUCCCACCACGGGAGUGGUCACCUACAACACGGAGCUGAAGUAUUACUACUCCUGUGCUUAUCCUCUGGAGUACCUCAUCAACAACACCAGGGUGGAUGUGUCAGCUUCGUCCAUCGCAGUGAGGGACAACAAUGGGAGCUUCAUCAGUACUCUGAGCAUGGAGCUCUUCAGUGAUGUGAACUACACCACGCCCCUGGUGAUCCCCCCCCUGGGCCUGGAGCUGAGGACCAACGUGUAUGUGCAGGUUCAGGCAGCCAACCUCACUGACCAGUACCACGUCCUCAUGGACCGAUGCUACGCCUCCAUCUCUGCUCAUCCCACCAACUCCACCUUCUUCAACCUGUUUGUGCCGUGCUCAAAGGACCAGAUGACCACAAUGCAUGAGAACGGCGAGAGCCACCACGCUCGCUUCUCCUUCCCAGCGUUCAGGUUUGUGGAGCAGCAGAACCAGACGGUGUCCACGUACUACCUGCACUGCAUCACCAGACUGUGCGAGGUCAGCACCUGCAGCAACUUCAAGCAAUGCAGCAGCAGAAGAAGAAGAGACGUCGGCUCUACUGGGAUUUCUGAAUCUGCCACUCUGUCCUCAUCGCUCCCGAUCGUCACCAGGAAUGAGAACUUGCUGCCCGGUCCAGACUCCGACUCCCAGUCCAGGAUGGGUCUGGGGAUCACAGUGGGCGUCCUCACCCUGGCGGUGGUCCUGGUCUCUGGAGCAGCGCUCAUCCUCUACAGGAGACUCCCACCUUUUUAA